GCGAGACCCGACAGCAAAAGGAAAGAGAAAGGCGACGUUCCUUUCUCCUCGUUCCGGCGCCCUACCAGUACCGGGAGAGUGAGCUGCUGCCUGCUCUGCUCAACUCGAGCGCCGCUUGUCGCGCGCACCGCGGCCUCGAUCCGACGAGCUAGUAGCAUGUCUGGGGAGCAGGAUCAUGUUAGUAAAAGCUCUAGCUCAAGCAUCAGCACCAGUACUCAGGAGAGCGAGGAGGAAGUAAGUGUAACCAUUGGUAGCCUCCUUGCCCAAGCAAAGAGCAGCAGUGGACAUAGUCUUGGGAAGCGCCUAUCCCAUUUGGGGUCAAUACCGUACACUCCCCGAGUUAAUGGGAAAAUCCCCAAUUUUGAUAAUGCAACACUGGAUCACGAAAGAUUGCUGGAAAGGUUGGGCACUUACGGUUUGGCUGAAUUUCAAAUAGAGGGGGAUGGAAACUGUCAGUUCCGAGCAUUGGCAGACCAGAUAUUUCGUAAUCCUGACUAUCACAAACAUGUGAGGAAGGCUGUCAUGAAACAGCUAAAGGAAUUCAGAAAACAGUAUGAAAGCUAUGUACCAAUGGAAUAUAAGGUGUAUCUGAAGAGAAUGAAAAGAUCUGGGGAAUGGGGAGAUCACCUGACUUUACAAGCGGCCGCAGAUCGGUUUGGUGCCAAAAUUUGUUUGCUGACGUCAUUUAGAGACACUUGCUUGAUUGAAAUAGCCCCCAGGGAUCUGACUCCCACGAAAGUGCUUUGGCUAAGCUUCUGGUGUGAAGUCCACUAUAAUUCCUUAUAUGGAAUUGACGAUCUCCUGACUCGCAAGACCAAGAAGAAGCACUGGCUGUUCUAGGCUGAUUCUGAAGCUUCCUUGAGUAGCCAUGUUCUUUCCAGCCAGUAGACUCUUUUGUAGUUAGUAGUUUGCCAAUAUUGUAGCAUAUCCUGAGCCUACGUAGGCUUUGCCUCAUAUGUACAGUUAACCUAAAAUCUUGUAAACUUUCCUCAAGGAACAAACCUGGAACUGCACAACGUUCAGAUCCAUGAGUCUCAUGUUCCUGAUUGUGCUUAAUUAUUAAGACUCUGAUUGUGCUUGCAUGAGCUAAGCAGCUGACAU